AUGGCAACAGCUUCACGCAUUUCCCUAUCUCAAGACCACCGAGGAGUCGCAAGUGUGAACGAAAUUCCGGCUGGGUCUAUUGAAGCCGCUGAUCGGCUGCUCCAACAAAACCAUGAUGAGAACCACAUGUUUUGGAGGGCCGUAGCUGGUCACAAUCAUAUCACACAUUCUCUUUUGACUACCUUGGCACUCGGCGGUGGCGUUGAAGAGAUUCAACGAGCUUUUGAUGAUGGCAACGACAUUCAACGGCCUAUACCUCAAGUCGAUAAUCGGAUCGUGGAGCAAUUACGGAACCCAGAUCACUUCCGCGCAAAAAUCGGCCAGUUGGAUCAGUAUUCGAACUUCCUGGCCUUCUUCACCCAGGAGAUUGAAACAAAAGGUUACAGAUUCGUGGUGGCCGAAUAUUGCUUCAGUGGGAGUCCAAACGCGGAGACUCUCUUCGCCCAGCUGUUUGAAGGUCUCUAUCACCCGAUCAUUCAUCUGGCCUUCGGCAUUGAGUUUGAUCAGCCGAGCAUCAUUGCAGAGGCACUUGCGCAGGUGGCUUCACAUGAUUCGAUGGGAAUUGAGGAAUUUCUGGUUCGAAGCCAGGAGGAGGCUCAGGGGUCCACACAGCCCGCGAGGCCUCUGAUGCACCUAUUCCAUGAUAUAGAGGAAAGCGAAACCCUUCAAAAAGCCGCUCAUGGAUUCCAUGAUGGACCUGCAAGAAUACGAGAAGGGGUUUUGGGAAGCCACGGCGAGGAGAUUAGAGCACUCGCCUCUCAGUUUCGUGUGCACCCAGAAAAUAUAGACCGACGGCUUGCAGAGGUGACCAACUGUUCUGCGUAUAUAGCGGGUGCAGCACAAAGGGCCGGCAAGCCCCGCAAGAUUGAUUUUUUUCAUCUCCACCUUCUUACCGCAUCCCUUGCUGUUGCUAUCGUUGUCCGACAGCCGUGGAUCAGUGCCGAGCUCAAAGCACGGUUAGUGGAGUGGAAAGCUCGCGUGGACCUUGUUUGGUACACAGGCACCGGCGCGGUUGAGAUCCUUCUUGAAAACCUGCUCAAAUAUUCCCCGACAGUCAGUGUUGAUAUGGACUGGAAAAAUCUGUAUCGAGCAGUUACCUUGGAGCACGAUGAUGGACAUUUGGCGAAAUUUGUACGAGCAUUGAAGUUUGGGGAAGAUAUAUCCAAACCAUUCGAGGAAGGUGAAGGGAAGGAAGACUUUCCGAUCAAAGGCGAAUCAUGGCUACGACUUGCUCAGAUGUCUUAUGAUACUACAUUCAACCGACCGAUUGAACUGAAGUGGAUCUGGGGUAUUGGUUUUGAUGAGAAUUGGACGUAUUUGUUGUCGCAAGAGUCGUAG